AGGAAGAGUUGUACUAAAUCCCAAGAGGGAAAACUACAUUCUGAGCAUUAUCUAAAAGGUAGAAAAGCUUUGGGAAAGGUUAGGUUGAUGGAUUUGUAGUUUAGACAUUCAAAAGCGAGAUACUUUGCUCCCUCUCCAGCCUUUCAAUCCUAACAAACAGAAACUUAAUUUGCUACCCACCAUGUGACACUUUUCUUGCCUUCCUCCAUUGUUCAUAAACAGGUACAGUAACUUCCCUUUUAGGGUUUCUUCAUCUUACAAAACCCUUCCCUCCCCCAUCAUCUUUUCCUAUCUUCUUAGAGUUGCUAAGAAUGGAGAAUAUGAUCAAACAACGAAGGGUUUCAUUUUCGGAGCUUCUACAGCGUGAUAACAAAGAAUCGUUCUCCAAAGAUAAGAGAUCACCGAACUGGUGCCAUCAAAGAAAUAGUCAAGAUUAUGUUUCCAUCGACGAUGAACAUAUGGCUGCCAUAGCUGCAGCCACUUUCGCUAUACAUUCAUUGGAAGAAAAAGCGAUCUCUCAGUUUCAGAGAAAAGAGAAAAGUAGAGAAGAAGUUGAAGCUUCCAUGAAAACCAAUAUGAGUCAGGCAGAUAAAGCUCCAUCGUUCUCAAGACCAAGUAGGCCUAGAGAGGCUUAUGCUAAUAGGAGUUUAAGCAUAUAUGGAAGUGGAAACACCAAAGUUGAUGCAUGGGAAAAAGCCAAAUUGCUAAAGAUUCAAAACCGAUAUGAGAAGAGUAACCUAACAAUUCUUCAAUGGGAAAACGAGAAGAAAGCAAGGGCUAAACGUCGAGUGGAAGAGAAAAAGAAAGAAUUGGAACAGAAAAGAUCGAUCAAUUGGCAGCAUUACCAGAACAAGCUGGCGAGGAUUGAUCAUGUAGCUGGAGGCGCUAGAUCGCAAGCAGAAGACACAACACGAAAUCAUGAGAAAAAGGUAAAAGAAAGAGCAAGGGAAAUGAGAUCACUUGGAGUUACAUCUCCAAAAUAUUGCUUCUUGUGUUGA